AUGAAACUUAAAACAUCAACUCUCACUUCAUCUCCUUUGCCAAUAUCAGCUGGUCCACCAACACCUGCUCCAACAGCUGAGAGGGUAAAAUCCCAUCAUUCAUCAGUGCCUGAACCGCUGGUCACAUCACACUCUGAUCUCUUUACACGCCUGGUCCUCUUGGACAUUGAAGAUGAUGAUGAGGUGCAUAUCAUCUCUCCAUUUGUUAUGAAUGAUACAAGACAGAGAAGACCUAAGCCCAAGAGGGAAAAACAACCGACGUUUUGUUGGGUGGAGAAGAAUAAAGAGUUGCUGGAGAGUGAAAGAUCAGUGAAGAAACUGAACAAUGCCAAAGAAACGGACCAUGAAGGAUCAUCUCCUUACAUCCCCUAUGGAUAUACCGAGGCGAUAUCACUGUCAGCACCUUCAUCACAGUCUGAUCUCAUCCUCAUGGACAUGAAUGAUAACAACGAGUCUGAUGAGCCUGAGGUGAAGUUCAUCUCUCCAUUUGAGCUGAAGGACACCAGACACAGAAGACCGAAGCCCAUGAUAAAAGAUCAACCGAUGUUUUGUUGGAUGGAGAGCACGGAGAUGCUGGAGAGUGAAACUGAAAUGGAUGAAGUCCAGCCAGAAGCUCCAGAGCAGCAGGAGACACCUGUGAAUAAAUACCAUCCAGAGAGCAACGCUGACAAACAACAAACCCUUCAGAAGGAGAAAGACGCUCAUGACAACACCAUCAUGACAGGUCCUUAUGGUCCCGUUGGAGAUACCCAAGAUCACCUGACAGGUCCAGAGAAGACCAAAGCUGCCAGCAAAACAAAAGGAUUAUUUGUUCUUCAUCACUGGCUUGAGAAAAAGACCAAAAAACGACAGGAGGAGAAAAUGAGAAAAGAAAGGGAAAUAACAGAAACACAGUUACUGAGGGAGAGAUACCUCAACAGUCCAGCAUUGAAACAUUUGUGUGUAAAUAAGAACAACUCUUACUAUAUCCCGAAUCUCCUUCUGUAACUCACACUACUGUAACAGUAGUGACUCCUCAUCUGCUCCUCAUGAAUCCCAAACCUCCUAUUCAUAUCUUUUCUCUACAUGUGUGAAAAAAAACCUUUAGUUUUAUGUGCAAAAUAAAUAAGUUUAUGUGUGAUAUAAAUAAGUAUAUGUUUUAAAAGAUGAAGUUUAUGUGCAAAAA